GACGUUUAAAUCAAUUAAUUGUUGUUUUGAAUGACAAUUAGUGUGCGAUUGGAGUGCAUAUAAGACACUGAAUAACGAUAUGACAGAUAUGUCUAAUAAUAUAGACUUUGAUUCACUUUUAUUGCUCACAAAAGCCAAAAGCGAGUCCGACAUCCAAUUGAUAUGCGAUGACUAUAUCGACGUCCAAUCGGUGACAAUAUCUGUGCCACAGUUUGUGGUCAACAAAACGAGACAAUUGUUGGACAAUUCCUCCAUCGAUGACAAUAGUAUCCGAAGUUUAAUCACAAAUCUGUCAAAAUUGGUUUAUUUGUGUCUCAAAAGCACUGAUUUGUCGGACAAUUCACUCAACGCUUUAUUUCCGCAAACAUUUCACAAACAAUUAAAACAAUUGUUAAUUAAAUUGAUUGUCAAAAACAGCGACAAAUGGAUCGCUAAGAGUAGACCCAUUCAAUCGAUGCCAUCUUUGGUAGACUUUGAGUGCAGAACCGAAUCAAACAAAUGUGUUAUUGAUCUGCAGUUAACUGAUCCCAAGGAUAAGGUUUCAGUGGUUUUGUCUAAACAACAACUCAAAGAAAUGACUGAAGGGAUGGCAACUAUAAGACAACAGCUUUUCGACGCCACACAUAAAUCCAAUUAAUCAAUGAA